UUUCUGUGAUAUCGACCAGAAAGAGCAGGGGCACGGCUAGUCUCUGAAAGCAGCGGGUCUUAACGGUGCACCCCGCGCAGGAGAAGGGCGCAACUGGUAUUUCUGGGGGGGGAAAGAAAUUGAAGUAUUUCUUCCGUUUUUAAUGACCAAGCCUGUCCGUCUAACCGCAACGAGCUGAGGAGGAUACGGUCCUUUGGACGGUGCUGAGCGGAGAGCGCGGCGGACAUUGCAGGGAUGGAGGGACCGAGAAAGCAGUCGACGUCGUGAGGCUGAGAGACAGACGCCAAUUUGGAGCAGCAGCAGGUGUACGGAAGGAUAAAAGCAGAACCGGAGGGAAUCUCAGUGUUCAUGAAACUUUGCUACGAUUUACGUGCUGGGGUUGCCGUCCGCCAUGUUAAGGUAAAGCCCAGGUGCGCGGUGUUGACCAUGCUAAAGCGCCUGGACAAGAUCCGCUUCCGAGGUCCCAGGUCGAGAGACGACUUCCCGGAUCUGGGCGAGUCGCCGCCUGCCUCCGACACCGAAUGUAACGACGACGUGCCGCCGAAGCCCCGAGCGGCUUCGCGGGACACAGAGGACGUCCUGCGAGACCCUGCUGGUUCGGGGUCUCCCACCAUGGCAGCUGCCGUUCAGGACUUCCAGAGGUCGGAGUCGGAACGCCUCAGCGAAGUCAAAGGUCACUUGGAAAUUGCCUUAUUGGAGAAACAUUUCUUGCAGGAGGAGCUGAGGAAGUUGCGUGAAGAGACCAAUGUGGACUCGCUGCGGCAGGAGCUGGAGAGGGAGCGGAGUAAAAGGCUGGAUCUGGAGCAGAAGAUGAACGAGGUCCUCAGGACGAGAUUGGAGGACUCGCCACCGCAGCCGCCCCGAAAACAGCAGUCGCCCUCCAACAAUGGCACGGCGGAGAAACAGCAGAAGGAGGUGUGGAGUUCGCGGCUGCAGAAGUGGCUCUACGAGCGGUUCGGGGUUUACAUCGAAGACUUUCGCUUCCAGCCAGAGGAGAGCACUGUCGAGACGGAGGAGCCGCUAAGUGCUAAAAGGUUGACAGAAAACAUGAGGCGACUCAAACGAGGAGCCAGACCUGUCACUAACUUCUUAAGGAACCUCUCCGCCUUAUCUAACUGGCACUCUGUCUACACCUCAGCUAUUGCCUUCAUUAUCUACAUGAAUGCUGCUUGGCAUGGUUGGGCCAUUCCCAUGUUCCUCUUCCUGGCCAUCCUGCGCCUGUCUUUGAAUUACCUCAUCGCCAGAGGAUGGAGGAUUCAGUGGAGCAUUGUGCCCGAAGUGUCUGAACCCAUGGAGCCCCCAAAGGAAGACCUAACUGUAUCUGAAAAGUUUCAGCUUGUACUCGAUGUUGCACAAAAAGCUCAGAACAUCUUCGGUAAGAUGGCCGACAUUCUGGAGAAGAUAAAGAAUCUGUUUAUGUGGGUGCAGCCAGAUAGCACCAGGAAGCUCUACAUCUGCCUGUGGGUUGCUUUCAUCUUCUCCUGCAUCCUCCCAUACAAGCUGAUGGGUUUCAUGAUGGGAGUGUAUGCCGGUAUCAAGUUCUUCAUCAUAGACUUCCUGUUUAAGAGCUGUCCGAAGCUUCGGGAUAAGUACGACACGCCGUACAUCGUGUGGAACAGCCUCCCCACAGACCCCCAGCUCAAAGAGCGGACCAACGCCACUGUGUCCCGGCGGCUGUCCUGCAUUGAGAAGGUUCAGCCGGUGGUGUCUCGGAGCAGCCUCGCCACAGUCCCCAGCGGCAUGAGCAGAGAAGACGACGCGGGUCGCUCCCACAGCACCAAAAAGGGUCCCUUCCACGAGAUCUUCAACCUGCCGGAAACAGAGCGCCCUCUGGCGGUGUGCGAGAACGGCUGGAGGUGUUGUCUGAUAAACAGAGAUAGGAAGAUGCCCACGGACUACAUCAGGAAUGGAGUUCUUUAUGUCACAGAGAAUUAUCUUUGCUUUGAGAGUUCCAGCUCCAAAUCCAGCUCCUCCAAGAAGAACAAAGUGAUCAAGCUGGUGGACAUCACUGACAUCCAGAAGUACAAAGUGCUGUCAGUCCUGCCUGGAAGCGGCAUGGGCAUCUCUAUAGCCACUCCCUCCACUCAGAAGCCGCUGGUGUUUGGCGCCAUGAUCCACAGAGACGAGGCGUUCGAGACCAUCUUCACCCAGUACAUGAAGAUUGUGACCACCUCCAAACCACCGGCCAGCACAGAGCUUUAGGUCCUUCCUCACUUCCACUCCUGGUUGAUGUUGGGGAGCUUCCGAUUUCCCUCAAACUCCUCCGGCUCUCUGGACGGGCGCAAGCUUCUUGUUGGAGGCACCGAGCGGACACUGCUCAUCCUGAAGGGGGCGCUAACAGAGGAGUAGUUUUAACCAAUCGGCAGAGGGCUGAUGGAGGAGCUGGAUCUCCUCUUCCAACUGACUUUUUCUGGCUUUCUUGGUUCUGGUGUUGCAUGUGUGGUUGUGCGUGUUAUUGUGCGUCAGUUGUUUAUUUUAUUUUUUUUCUCCACCACUCCCAGUCAACGGGGCGCCAUCUGCUACAAUAGGAAGCUCUGUCUAGCAGAUAACAGAACCUACUUUAAACUGCCGGAUGCAGAAGUUCUUGCUGUAUAUCAAAGUAUUCAUGUCAAACCGGUGCCUCUUGGCUAAACUCAACAGAACCAGAGGUGUGAACAUGUCCGACCUUUUCUGUUUUCUUCUGCGUUUUAUUAGCUGUGAAGACGUCAGCCUGCAACUGACACCAGAGCCUUUCUGUUAGUUUACAUCGCCGUCUUCGGGUGUUGAACGCGUUUCGCCCCCGCCGUCCGGCUUACGAACUGACGAAACGUCUCAGCCUCUGCUUCCGUGUUUUUUGUAAGUGUGCAGAAGUGAACUGUGUCGUGAACUCUUUUUCUGCCGCCUUAUCCUUUGGAAGUCUUUUUUGUUUAUUUUCUUAACAAACAGCCUUUGUUUUCUUUGUUUGGACGCUAGCUGUGGUCCGAGCUGCCGAUUGUAUCCGAGACGAGAGCACAACGCUGACUGCCAUUUAGAUACGAGGCGGUUUGAAAUCGCAGAUUCCUCACAAGCUGUGUGGAAGAAAUCUAUUUUUGUUUUUUAAACAGCUGGUAUAUUUGCUGCACUUUACCAGAAAUCCUAACUGAACUGGUUGGGAUGUGUGUUGGACGCGUUCAUUUGUUCAACAAAAGCAGCCUCUGAAGUCCCAUGAAUAAAAUGUGGAAUUAAAAUUAUAAUUUAACCCUCAGAUUAUUUAUCAGCUGGAAAUAAAUAUCAGCUUGCGUAGAGAAAUGUACAAAAAAAAAUUCUGAUUUAUCGCACUCGAAAUUAGGUCAAUUAUAACAAGAAACAUCAUUCUACAAUAACAAGAUGUACAGUGCCUCAGAAAUGUAUCCAUAACCUCUUAACUUUUUCAUUUGACACAUUUUAGCAAAGUUUUACCACCAAAUACCGUGUUGUUAGGUGGAAGGAAUAAUAUUUUCUGACCUGUGGGAUCUUUUCAUUUAUCCCUCUCCUUCCCCCAUUCAUUUAUUUUGCACAUUUUCUGAGUCGCGUCUUCCAAAUGCUGGUCUUUUCUAUUUCUCUUCGACUAAAUAACUAGUUUAGACUGUGGCAGUUUGGCAGAGCAGUCAUCUUGCAAUCGAAAGGUUGUAGGUUCGAUUCCAGCUUCCUCCUGCCACAUGUCGAUGUGCCUCUGGGCAAGGCACUUAACCCCAAAUUGCCUACCGGUCUGCGUAUCGGUGUAUGAAUGUGUGCGCCUUUCUGAGUGUGAAUGGGUGAAUGUGACUCUAGUGUAAAGCGCUUUGAGUGGUCAAAAUGACUGGAAAAGCGCUAUAUAAGUUCAGUCCAUUUUAGUUCAAUCCGACUGGUUUAAUCAGGUCCAAGAAUGGAAGACACAUGAAUGGUUGUCCAGCCUCCCAUUAUGAAUGCUCUCCUUUCAUGGCUGGUCAGUUUAGGUGGAAUACUUUUCUUAGGCACUGUGUCUGCUUGCUUCCAGAUAAUCUCUGUUUUCAAGCAGUAGUCGACUGAAGCAUCUUCAGUGUCACUUUAUUUUGAAAUUCACAGGACUAAAGCUGGUCUUUUCUCUUGUCGAAUGGCUUGCUAUGUAGAAAUGUAAUGCCAAACCACAUAAGACACUUUCUGGUUUUUUUUUUUUUUUGUGAGAAGAAUGCAGUGAAAGACUGACGUUUUAGUGCGACUGAUGUACAGAUGUAAUAGAGUAGCUCCUUUUACACUCUCCAGCAGCACACCAUUUAACCUUCAUGUAUGUCCUUAACACUGUUAAAGGGGGAAGCCUUGACAUUUCCUCUGUUUCUGAUCUUUUUUUCUUUAAAAAAAGAAAGAAAAAAAAGAACAACAACCUUGAUGUUGGUCUGAAUCUACGAUCCUCCAGGGAAACGGAGGAUUUAGCUGAACUGCCCUUCAGAACUGCCCUCAACACUGGAAAUGUCUGGGUUUCUCUUAAAUCCUAACUCCUCCUGUUCUCAGUCUGGAUCAACCAAGCUGGAUAUGAAGUUGCUUGAAAUGCAGCAGACCAGCUCAGCCUGUUUUUAGUGCGAGAUUAUUGUUUUAAAGCUUUUCAUUUAUCUUUUGGAAUCUGUUCGCGCCGAGAACUUGUGGAUCAUUACAAAGUCGUACACAUUUAUAGCAAGGAAUGCAUCAUGUUUUGGUAGCAGUAUGGAAUAGAGCCUCCACUUUCCUGGAACUGAAGGUUAAUUUCCCAGAACUUGGCCCCUUUUUCUACUUUUUUUUUUUUUUUCUCAGCAAUCAAAUCACUUUUACCAGUGAUGCACCACCAGGUGGAGCUCCUGAGCAGGAAUGAAGCAGUGCUCUCACAAACAUUUUUGCUCUCAGAAAAUGUUCCGCAAACCAGAAAAGUUCUGUUUGAGUUGUGGUAAAAGCCUCAAAAAAGUACCUAGUAUAUUCUUGGGAAGCACUAGUAGGUUUGUUAUAAAGCUCCAGGUGAAGUAAUUGAGUUUUUUUUGUUGUUUUUUGUUGACAUGGCACAGAUUUACAACAAAUCAAGGUACAAAACUGAUAGAUAAUCUGAAUCCAGAAAAUCAAGCCCAUUACAUUGUGUCACUGACUUUUGCACCAAUCCCUCAUUGUAAUCGUGUAUCAGUAGAACCCAUGAAGUUCUAUGAUGGCUCUAAGAAUGUUUUUAGUUGGUUCUGGUAAUCUUGACGUUCUGGGAAAGUUCAGGCUGUCCCAUGGAGUAUUACCCAUGUCUGAAAGUGGAACAUUCUUUUUUUGUCGUUGUUUUUGCCAAAUCGUUUGUUUUUGUCUGCCAUGCUCUGCCUAUGCUCAUGUUUACAUUGAAAAUGGUUUGAUGUUUCUACUUUCGUUCACCCAGUUUGAAUUCCUUUCAUUUUGGAGUUAUUGUCCAUUUAUUUGCUGUUCUGAAAUGCUUUUAUGUUAUUGUGUUUCUUUUGGUCUCCACUUACAUGGGCUCAUCAGUACUUACCUUUCAUGACCCCCUCUGCUCGCCAGUACGCAAGAAUCAACCAUAGCAGCAACAAAAUCAGUAUUUUAAGCUUCCGACGUCAUGCUAAAGUUAACGUUCAGGUGUAGAUGAAGCUGCCAGAAGCAUCACAAUCACACGUUAAAAUGAAAAGCAGAGGCGGUCGUGUUGGACUGUCGAUUUGCACCAUUUCCAAAACCAGAAAUGUCAUCUCUUCCCUUUCUUCUGGUGUCCUCUCUUUCAUGAAGUAUGUUGUUAACUGUGUGUUAGUAUUAUCGAAGUGUUGGCUCUCAGACAAAGCGUUUCAUUAUCAAAGUGAUUCUCACAGAGUAUAAACUGUGGAACAUCUCCAGGGCUCCUGCGUCGUUUAGGAGAAAUCAAAACUGAAUUCUGUCAAAGCUGUAAAACAGCUCACAUCUGACUAAAGACUUUAUUAUGAUACAAUCACAACAUACAGUAUGUCAGCUGUGGAAGAAACUGCAGGUUUUUAUGGAGAGUAAUUUGACACAGGCUCCUUAUUUUUGAUCUUUUUUUUUUUUUUUUCUCUAAGAGGAAUUUGUAUACAAAAUAAUUCAAAUGUAAGGAAACCAGAGAGUUUUUAAAAAGACAUGUCUAUUGUAAAAGAUAAUGUGAUGUACAUUUUUUCUUUUUUUAAUUUAAGUAAAAGAAUUUAAGGUA